AUGUCUACUACUGUGGUAACCACGUCUGAGCUCGCAGAGCAUAAUACAGCGACCGACUUAUGGGUUUCAGUUCAUGGAAAAGUUUACAAUUUGACAUCUUUUCUGAAAGACCACCCGGGCGGUAUAGAUAGUGUUCUUCAAUGUGCUGGAGAUGACGGAACGGAAGCAUACGAUUAUGCAGGACAUAGCAAAAGUGCUUCAGCAACUCUAACACGAUUUCUAAUUGGACCCUUGGAAGGGCAUGAUGAGAAAUUGCCCGAAGAAGAGAAUCGGUCGGACCCAGUACCAAAGCCUGAAGAACGCAAAAGUUAUUUACCAGCAAGUUAUCCUUUGACUAUAUUCCUACGACUUGUUUUAGGAACGGCCUUGGGAGGGUUUAUGGUCGCUCUCGGUGGCCGGUUUGCGCUCCGGGAUCAGUCGUUACACAUUCUUGCCGCUUUGUGGAAGCGGCCUGUUGAUUCCAUUGGUGCCUUUGGUGCUGGGGCUCUGCUAUCCUCUUCCGUCGCUCUUCUUAUUUUUACAUAUGCCUACGAGCAGUUUCGCAAGACUCUGCACCACGCCAAGGAGCCAUUUGCUUACCCGCCAAUCAUUCCCCGACCAGUCAGGGUUUGGGAUAGAAGGUUAUCUAAAUAG